AUGAGUGCGCACUUUGUGACCGCAGGGGACGUGAACGAGACGGCCGACGGCAUGCGCGAACUGGUCCACGUCUCGGAGAUCGCUGCAGACAGGACGGACCACGCCGCCGCGAUCCAGCACAUCGACGAAGCGCUCUAUAGCCGUCAGCUCUACGUGAUGGGCCGCGAGGCGCAGCUGCGCAUGGGCGCGUCCGACGUGUUGAUCAUUGGGCUUGAUGGACUCGGCGUGGAGAUCGCCAAGAACGUCAUUCUCGCGGGGGUCAAGAGCGUCACCCUCCACGACGAUCUGCCCGUCACGACGCUCGACUUGGCGUCGCAGUUUUACCUGACCGAAGCGAGUGUCGGCCGCCCACGCGCGGCCGAGUCGUGGAAGAAACUGGCCGAGCUAAACCCCUACGUGUCUGUCCGCUGCCACAGCGGCGAGAUCACGGAGGACGUGCUGCUCGACUUUCGGGUGGUGGUCCUCGUGAAUGCCUCGUCGCUACAAGAAGCCGUGCGCAUUGACAGGUUAUGUCAUGCGCACUCGAUUGCAUUCAUUGCAACCGAAGCGCGAGGUGUCUUUGGCUCUGUCUUUUGCGACUUUGGCGACGAGUUUGUCGUCGCCGACCGAGAUGGCGUCGAGCCUGUGAGCUGUCUGAUCUCGUCAAUUUCCAACUCGGCUCCUGUAGUGGUGACUGUGAACGACGACGCACGCCACGACUUGGAAUCGGGCGAUUUGGUCUCGUUCCGUGAAGUAGCGGGAUUCUCGUUUCUGAACGACAGCGAACCGAGAAAGGUGACUGUCACGGGCCCGUUCACGUUCACGUUAGAUGUCGUUGAUGACGACGACAAGAAGCGCUUUGAGUCGGGGCAUCCGUCCACGGGCGGUUACGCCACCAAAGUGAAGCAGCCAUUGGUGACGAAAUUCAGGACCCUAGAAGCAGCACUGGAGACACCGGGGGAGUUUUUGGUCAGCGACUUUGCCAAGUUGGGUCGUUCCGAGCUCCUGCACAUGGCGUUUCGCGCAUUGGAUGCGUUCCGGGAGAAACAUCAAGGGAACAGCCCAAAACCAGGCUGCAUGCAAGAUGCGGAGGAAGUAUUCGCUCUCGCUAUUGAAAUCAACAAGCAAUGUGCUUUACAAAGCCAGCACAGCGUCGCGGAUAUUGAUGCUGCUGAUUCGAAGAAGGUCAUAUGCGCGCUUGCAGCUGGCGCCACGGGUGUGAUUUCACCAAUGGCCGCUUUUCUGGGAGGCGUCGUUGGCCAGGAAGCUCUCAAAGCGUGUAGCGGCAAGUUCACUCCGAUUCAGCAGUUUUUCUACUUCGAUGCGGUCGAGUGCCUUCCAGACGCUGUAUUCGCUGGCAACGCUGAUGAGUUCGCCCCCACCGGGUCUCGGUAUGAUGGUCAGAUUGUUGUAUUCGGUCGGAAGGUGCAGGAAGCCAUCAAGAGCCUGAACAUGUUUCUUGUGGGCGCCGGUGCGAUUGGAUGCGAAAUGCUGAAGAACUGGGCGAUGAUGGGCGUGGCGUCUAACAAGGACGGCACUAUCCACAUCACGGACAUGGACACCAUUGAAAAGUCGAAUUUGAACCGCCAGUUUCUGUUCCGCUCGAAGGACGUACAACAAGCAAAAUCGUCCGUUGCUGCUCGAGCCAUCAAGAUGAUGAACCCGGACAUCAACGUACAAGCGUACGUGUCUCGCGUUGGCAGCGAAUCCGAAGAUCAGUUCAACGACGACUUCUUCGAGUCGCUUUCUGGCGUGUGCACGGCGUUAGACAAUGUAGAGGCACGUUUGUACAUGGAUCAGCGGUGUUUGUUCUACGGACUCCCAAUGUUCGAGUCUGGUACGUUGGGAACGAAGGGUAACACGCAGAUUGUCGUUCCGCACAAGACCGAGAACUAUGGCGCGUCUCGGGAUCCUCCUGAGAAGAGCAUUCCGAUUUGCACACUAAAGAACUUUCCCAAUGCGAUCGAGCACACUCUUCAGUGGGCGCGCGAUUGGUUCGAGGGCGAGUUUUUCCAGGCGCCGUCAGACGCCAAUCGUUACUUGGAGGAGCCGACGUUUUUGAAGGGACUUGAAGAGCAGCAAAAUACGAAAUUGGAAACACUCGAGCGGUUGAAAAGCACCCUAGUGGACGACCGCCCCAUGUCGUUCGAAGACUGCAUUUCGUGGGCCCGCUUCAAGUUUGAAGAUCUCUUUAGCAAUCAGCUCAAACAGCUGUUGUACAAUUUCCCUCUCGAUCAGUUGACGACGUCGGGAAGUCCCUUCUGGUCUGGUCUAAAGCGGCCGCCGACGCCAGUAACGUUUGACCCGAAGGACACGCUGCACAUGGACUUCAUCGUGUCGGUCGCCAACAGCCGUGCGAAAAACUAUGGCCUCAAGGGCCACACUGACAGGGACGCAGUUGCUGAAGUCCUCGCCGGCAUCCACGUUCCGGAGUUUGCGCCGAAGCAAGGAGUGAAGAUUGCCGCUUCUGAUGCCGAACUAAAGGAGGGUAAUGCUUCGACAGGUCUGGUAGACGCCGAUGGUCAGAGUGACUUCAUCUUGAAGGAGUUGCCGAAGCCGUCGAGUCUUGCCGGCUACCGCAUGCAGCCGGUCGAGUUUGACAAAGACAAUGAUUCUCACAUGGAGGUCGUUGUGUCUGUCUCCAAUCUGCGUGCACGGUCGUACAAGAUUCCGGAAGAAGACAUGCACAAGUCGCGUUUCAUUGCUGGCAAGAUCAUCCCGGCCAUUGCCACGACGACAGCACUGGUGACAGGACUCGUGUGUUUCGAGUUUCUCAAGGUGUUCCAGAACAAGCCACUGACGGACUACAAGAACGGCUUUGUCAAUCUGGCGCUGCCUCUCUUUACGUUUGCCGAGCCGAUUGAGCCAAAGGCCACGACGACGAUGCUGAAGGGCAAGGAGUACAAGUGGACUGCGUGGGACCGCCUCGAGGUGGACCAAGGCGACAUGACGCUCAAGGAGUUUUUGACCUACUUCGAAAGCGAGUACGACGCCGAGGUGACCAUGCUCUCGUACGGCGUCACGAUCCUGUACGCAAUGUACUCGCAGAAGUCCCGGUCAAAGGAGCGCAUGGCGAUGACGAUCUCGGACCUCGUGCGCACAGUGACGAAGAAGCCGGUCGACCCCAAGCUGAAGUAUCUCAUUUUGGAGGUGUGCGCCAUGGAUGGAGACGGCGAGGACGUGGAGCUCCCGUAUCUGCGCUACCACUAUAGGCAGAAGUAG